AUGAAGGGAGCCUUCUCUGGUCUGAAGGUUACACAGGUCUCUAUCAUCCUCAUCAGUUUUGUUUGUGCAACGGUGGUUAUACUGGCAUGGACCAAAACCACAUUCCUCACUUCUUUAAUACCCUCUCAGAGUAGUAUUUUGCGGUUGAAUCCAGAAAUCCCUCCUGCUGUUACGUAUGGAGCAAGUUCAGAAAAAGUUUUAGAAGGAAAGAGCAGUUCAAAAGAAGCUCAAAGGGACAAAGUUGCAGCAGAAGGUUUGUCAAGCAAGGAGUCCACUAAUAAGGGAGAACAUAGUAAAGUUUUGUUGAUAGGUGAUAGCAUAGAAAUCCCUCUGGGUGUUACGAAUGCAACAGGUUCAGAAAAAGUUUUGCUUCGUUUCCUUUCAAGUUUUUUUACUGAAAGGGACAAAGAAGCACCAGCAAGAUUGUCAAACAACGAGUCUACAAUUAAAGAAGAACCCAGUAAAAAUUUGUUGACAGCUGACAAACUGAAAGAAAUUCCUCCGAGUAUUCCAGGAUCAGAAUCGGACAAGCUGUCAGAAGCAAAAAAUAGUUCAAAACAGGCAGAAAGGGUCGGAGUUGCACCGACAAGUUCAAAGCAAAAUAAAAGUUCAUCAACUCUCACUGAAAAGAAAGGGUGUAACUAUGCCAAAGGUAAAUGGGUCAUAGAUGAUAGUCGACCCCUAUAUUCUGGCUUUGGUUGUAAGCAAUGGUUAUCAUCGAUGUGGGCUUGUCGCCUGACACAACGCACAGAUUUUGAAUAUGAGAAACUACGUUGGCAACCCAAAAAUUGUAGAAUGGAAGAAUUCACGGGAUCUAAGUUCCUAGAGAGGAUGCAGGACAAAACUCUGGCCUUUAUUGGGGAUUCAUUGGGUAGACAGCAGUUCCAGUCUCUGAUGUGUAUGGUAACAGGUGGUGAAGAGAGACCUGACGUCCUUGACGUGGGAAAGGAGUAUGGCCUUGUCAAAGCUCGAGGUUCUGUGAGGCCUGAUGGAUGGGCUUAUCGAUUCCCAAGUACCAACACUACUAUCCUUUACUACUGGUCUGCAAGUCUCUGUGACUUGGAGCCCAUCGACCCAUCUAAUCCUGCCACUGAUUACGCCAUGCACUUGGAUCGUCCCCCAGCAUUUUUGCACCGUUUCCUUCACAAAUUUGAUGUUCUUGUUCUGAACACAGGACACCACUGGAAUAGAGGGAAACUUAAUGCCAACCGUUGGAUCAUGUAUGUUGGGGGUUUGCCUAACACCGAUAGGAAGAUUGCGGAUAUUGUGGGUGCAAAAAAUUUUACUGUUUACAGUAUUGUAAGAUGGGUGAACUCACAGCUUCCAAAAUAUCCUGGUCUGAAAGCGUUUCUCAGGUCAAUAUCACCAAGGCAUUUCUUCCAAGGAGAUUGGAACACAGGAGGUACUUGUGACAAUACUACCCCUCUAUCUGGUGGGAAGGAAGUUUUACAAGACGAGUCGAGUGAUCAUCUUGCUGCAGGGGCAGUGAACGGAACAGGUGUUAAGCUGUUGGACAUUACGGCUUUGUCUGAGCUUAGGGACGAGGGUCACAUAUCCCGUUACAGCAUUAAAGCUACACCUGGAGUGCAGGAUUGCUUGCAUUGGUGUUUACCAGAAGCUCCUGCCGGCGAAACCCUCAACCCAUCGCACCCAAAAGGAGCUCCGGCAACACAAGCCCGGAAGGGAAAGCAGCUCAAGGACCCAGGUUACAUCCAAGCACCACAGCCACUGCAGCAGGGACUGGCCGGACUGCCCCCAGCCAUACCUUGGCCUCUGCUUGCACCAUGCCUUCACCCCCCAGGAGCCAUCGAUCGAAACCUCCACAAGCUUUCCUUCACGAAUUGUGCGGCACGUACGGGGACAGAUGUCCCCCUAAUCGAAGAAAGACGUGCUCUCAUCUCGAGGUUAUACUCAGUUUCGAGGCAACCAAUUCGUAUAAAGGAACAUCUCUCACAUCUCACUCUCAGCAUUAUAAGCAGAAUUGUAUUGGGAAAGAAGUACUUCAGGGAAUCAGAAAAUGGGGAUGAAAUUUAUACCUUGGACGAAUUUCAAGAAAUGUUAGAUGAACUGUUCUUGCUCAAUGAGGUAUUGAACAUUGGAGACUGGAUCCAAUGGCCUGAUUUCUUGGACUUGCAGGGGGCCAGGAGGGCGAAGAAAGAUUACAUGGCUAAAGAUGUGGUAGAUUUGUUGUUGGAAUUAGCAGAUGAUCCAAAUCUUGAAGUAAAGCUUACCAGUGAUGGUGUCAAGGCAUUCACACGGAUAAUGGUGGUGGCGAUUGCCGGUGGUGCAGGUAGAAAUGUUGGUGGUGGUGGCGGCAGCGAUUGGGCAUGGGCUGUGUGCAGUCGUGGUGGUUGGUCAUGUUGGCGGUGGUGGUUUUGGAGGUGGUGGUCGUGGCGAAGUGGUGGUUACAAAUGA